AUGGCGCUCCUCCCCCUCCCAAGCUUCGAAGCCACGCCGCUGGUCCCUCACUCUUCCCGCCUCGUCAUCGCUCUGCUCAUACUGAGCUCGUGCAUCUCGUCCGCGACGCUCGGCUACGACGGCUCGAUGAUGAGCGGGCUCAACAUCCUGCCGGCCUACACAAACUACUUCAAUCUGACACCCGCGACGACGGCGCUCAACACGGCAACCGUCUACAUCGGCCAGGUCGUGCCGUGCCUCUUCUACGGCACUGUGUCCGACACGCUCGGCCGCAAGAACGCCAUGGCCAUCGCCGCCGCCGUGACGAUUGCGGCCGUCGUCCUGCAGGCCGCGGCGCAGAAUGUCGGCAUGUUUGCUGCGUCGCGCAUUCUGAUUGGCGUGGGGAACGGGGCGACGUCGAUUGCGGGGCCGGUAUGGUUGUCGGAGUGCUUGCCGCAUCGGUGGAGGGCGUGGGGAUUGGGGCUGUUUUACAAUUUUUGGUACGUUGGCGGCCUCACUGCAUCCGGCAUCACGUAUGGAACGGGCAUGAUGGACAGCACGUGGGCGUGGAGGCUUCCUUCUGCGGUACAGGGUGUCUUCAGCGUGCUCUGCAUCUUGAUCUUGCCGUUUGUGCCGGAAAGCCCGAGGUGGCUGGUCUACCAAAACCGCAAGGAUGAGGCUCUGUAUGCGCUCGCUUUGACGCACAGCGAUGGCGACCUGAAGGAUACAGCCACGCUCGUCGAGUUCAAGUCAAUCUGCGACACGUUGGAGUGGGAGAAGGAAUCAGGAGAAAUGACAGUGAAGGAGAUCGUACGCACGCCAAGUCGCAGAAAGAGACUUGGGCUCACGAUUUCCGUUGCCGUCAUCUGCAUGCUUUCUGGAAACAACAUUGUCUCGUAUUACUUGGGCACGAUGCUUGACGGCGCUGGCGUCACGGACACUACGACGCAGCUUGAAAUAAACAUCAUUAUGAACGCUUGGUGUCUAUGCGUUGCCCUCCUCGGUACCUAUUGCUUGAGCAAGUUUGGCCGCAAGACCAUGGCCGUUAUCUCCACCACCUUGCUCACCGUUUUCCUCUUUCUGUACGCCGGCCUUAACAAGCUGUACGGAGAGUCAACGAACACAUCCGGCAUCUACGCUUCCGUGGCCAUAAUCUUCCUCUUCCAAGGCUCGUACUCAUUCGGCUGGACUCCGCUCACAGUGCUCUAUCCGCCCGAGGUGCUGAACUACUCGAUGCGCGCUAACGGCAUGGCGAUGUAUACGUUCGUGGUCAACUGCGUUGGGCUUUUUGUGACAAUGGUCUUCCCGUUCGCCAUGGAUGCCAUUGGCUGGAAGACGUACAUUAUCAACGCCUCUUGGGAUGUUCUAGAGGUGCUAUACCUCGUCUUUGCGUGGGUGGAAACGAAAGGCAAGACAUUGGAGGAGAUCGACGCCAUCUUCGAUGGCCAUAAGCAUUCCGAUGUUCCUGAUGUGGAGCAGAUAUUGCAUGCAGAAAUCCCCGGAAGCGUAAUCGUAGGAGUGGGGCCGAACAGAGGGAGCAUGGAUGGAGUGGAGGAAGUGGACGUUAGCGUUGGAAAGGGAAAGGAGGUAAAGUGA